GAAGAAGAAGAAGAAGAAGAAGAAAGAAAGAUUUCUCUCUCUCUGUCUCUGCGUGAAAGAGCAACAAUCGGCUUUGGACUCCUCGGCACGCUCCAACUCAAUCACAAACGGAAACCCACUUUUAGGGUUUCAUUCUACUGUUAUAUCUCUUUUUGCUACAAUAUUACAUUGAUAAUGGCUAUGCCCAAAUCGAAUCAAAUGUGGGAACCGAUUUCGACUGCUCAGCCUUCUGAAUUAGAUGUGAGUAGGACCCAGGAAUUACAGAAGUUAAUGGAGAAUGCAGGGUUGUAUGAGAGUCGUGAGGAAGCUCUGAAAAGGCAGGAGGUGCUGGGGAGGUUGGACCAAAUUGUGAAAUCAUGGGUCAAAAAGGUGACUGAGGCUAAGGGGUAUAAUGAGGAGAUGGUGGAAGAAGUAAAUGCUGUUAUCAUUACAUUUGGGUCUUAUCGGUUGGGUGUAAAUGGCCCAGGUGCUGAUAUUGACACGCUGUGUGUUGGGCCGAGGCACGCUACACGGGAGGAAGACUUCUUUGGUGAACUUCAUAGGAUGCUGUCUGAGUUGCCUGAAGUGCAAGAGUUGCAUCCUGUCCCUGAUGCUCAUGUUCCUGUCAUGAAAUUUAAGUUCAAUGGGGUUUCCAUUGAUCUUCUUUAUGCAAAUUUGGGGUUGUGGGUUAUUCCGGAUGAUUUGGAUCUUUCUGUACCAUGUUUUCUGCAGGAUUUGGAUGAGAAGAGUGUGCUUAGUGUUAAUGGAUCUAGAGUUACUGAUAAGAUCUUGCGUAUGGUUCCUAAUGUCCAGAGUUUUCAGACGACGCUGAGAUGCAUAAGAUAUUGGGCUAAACAGCGUGGCAUUUAUUCGAAUGUUGCAGGGUUUCUGGGUGGUAUAAAUUGGGCUAUUCUGGUUGCUCGGAUAUGCCAGUUAUACCCAACUGCAUUGCCUAGUUUGUUGGUUUCUCGGUUUUUCAAGGUGUAUAGCCAAUGGCGGUGGCCUAAUCCUGUUUUGCUAUGUCCCAUUGAAGGAGGAUCUUUGGUGCUUCAGUCUUGGGAUCCUAGAAGAAAUUUCAGAGACAGGAACGAUUUAAUGCCCAUAAUCACACCGGCAUAUCCUUGCAUCAACUCCAGUUACAAUGUCUCUUCAAGUACACUCUGUAUUAUGCAGCAAGAAUUUCAGAGGGGAAACAAUAUUUGUGAGGCAAUGGAUGCAAGUGUGACUGGCUGGAAUUCUCUUUUUGAGAAUUUUCUUUUCUUUGAAGCAUAUAAGAACUAUCUACAGAUAGAUAUAACUGCUCGGAAGGAAAUUGAUUUAAUGAAUUGGCAAGGAUGGGUUGAAUCUCGGCUUCGUCUGCUGACUUCAAAGAUUGAGAGAGAUACAAGAGGAAUGCUACAGUGCCAUCCACAUCCUGGUGAAUGUUUGGACAAAUCCAAAAAAUUCCACCGUUGUUAUUUUAUGGGCUUGCAGCGGAAACCAGGUGUUUGUGCUCAGGAAGGUGAACCGUUUGAUAUAAGCUUUACUGUUGAGGAAUUUAAGAACACAGUGGGGAUGUACACCUGUAAAAAGCCUGGGAUGUGGAUUGGUGUAUGUCACAUAAAACGAAAUAAUAUUCCGCUGUUUGUCUUUCCUGGUGGAGUUAGGCCUGCCCGUCCCAAGAGAGUAGCCAGGGAAAAUGGUGCUGCUGCUGAAGCUGAUGAAGCCGGUAAUGGAAAGAAGAGAAAAAUAGAUGAAUCUAUCACAGGCCAUAAAUUGAGAAAAUAUGAUUCUAUGGCAGGGACUAGGAAUUCACCUUUGGCAGUGGAAGCUAAAGUAGAGGAUUGUUCAAUCACUGCAAGAUGUCCUAUUGUGGAUUGUUCACAAAGUUGUCUAGGAGUUGAAGGGCCUUUCAGAUUUAACCCACCAGUGGGAGCUUCAUCUUCUGUUGGAUGUUCAUCAAGCUCUACCGCAGUUGAGAUCCUUGUUUCUGAUUUAGUUCCUGCUCCAUCUGUGUGCCAGCAAGGUUCUUCCAAAGAACAUGACAGAUUUCAAGAUGAUGCGCAAUCAACAGGUGAAGUUCAACAAAAUUUUGGUGAAGGAACAAGGGUAGAGAAUGACGGGGUACAGCAAGGAGUGGCUACCAGUAAAGAUUGCUCUAAUAUCUUCAGGAAUGAUGGAGGGGUAGAGGAACUUGAGCCUACUGCACCAUCCUCUAAUGCAGUAUCUGCUGCAUACCUUGCCCCAAAGCCGGUUAUCAAGUUUAAUUUUACAUCUUUGGUUAGAGCAAACUGCUAGAACAAUACACAAAAAUUCACUUGUCUUGAAAGCAUUUUUCAAGGAGCGGAUUCUGUAGAGUGUCAGACCAACAUUUUUUUUUUUUUUUGGAGAUGGCCUGGUUGCUAUAGGGAAGUGUGUGGUUUACAACACAGGCUU